GCGUUGAGGUUCUCAUGGUUUCUCCACGCUCCCUCCAGCAUCGCUCGAGCGCUCGAGCGCGUGCCAUCGCGGUGCUGCUUUGCGGGGAGCAAUGGAACACUUGGCAGUUUCACGUGUGCUUGGUUCCGAGCGUUGGUCAUUUCUUAACGUAUCUGUUUAUUAUCAGUUGAAAUGUGCAGCAUUAUGACUUUAUUUCUCGUUGUAAGCGGCGCAUUCGCGAUGACCACGGCGCAGAGAAAAGUCCGCUUCGAAAACUGCACAGAGGGUGGCGAGGCCAUCCGGUCCUUGGUGGUCACCCCGUGCAGCAGCGACCCGUGCGUCGUUCCGGUUGGCUCCGGCAUCAACAUCUCCUUCGAACUGCUCUCGAACCAAGACAGCAUCAACUUGCGCUUGGAUCCCCGUGUACAGCUGCUUGGCAUGGAGCUGCCCAUCUUAGGUGUCGAGAGGGAUGCCUGCAAGCUCACGACUACUGCAUGCCCAGUCUCCGAGGGCCAGCUCAUCCAAGGCACAGUUCCAGUGCACGUGAACAGCUUUGUGCCACCGGUCUCGGCAGUGACAAUUUGGCGGGUGCAUGGUGACAAGGGCCUCAUGGCAUGCGGCACUACCACCGUGACUGUCUCCAGAACUUGACUCUCUCGUGGUGCAUAUUUGACUGUGCACGGACACACGAGAUAAUGCCAUGCGCUGGAUAGUAUUUUUUAAGUGAAGGUGUAUAUAAUAAGGUUGUACAGUAAAGGUAAUUAUUCAUCUACAA